UUUUGAUUUUUCGAUGAUCGAUCGCCAGCAUCUUAUUACACGUGAAAAUGGCAGCUCCUCUCAGCCCUCCCGUGCCGGAAAACGGUAAAAAUGCAGAUAAGUACAAGUACAGAUCACCAUUAGUCUCCCGAUAUGGAAGCCCCGAGAUGGCCUACAACUUCAGUGAAUUGAAAAAGUUUUCUACUUGGAGAAAAUUGUGGCUAUGGCUAGCCAAAGGUCAACAGACCCUUGGUCUUGAUAUCAGCAAUGACCAGAUCAAGGAAAUGGAGGCCAAUCUUGAGAAUAUUGACUUUGAGAUGGCUGCUGCAGAAGAGAAGAAAAGACGUCAUGAUGUCAUGGCUCAUGUCUAUACGUUCGCACAGUGCUGUCCGAAGGCCGCACCCAUCAUUCAUCUUGGGGCAACGUCAUGCUAUGUUGGUGAUAAUACUGACUUGAUUGUGAUGAAGGAUGCCUUGACGAUCCUGCUACCGCGCCUUGCACGUUGUAUACAGAGGCUUGCUGUCUUUGCUGAUGAGCACAAGGCACUCCCAACGUUGGGUUUCACCCACUAUCAACCUGCCCAGCUGACCACAGUGGGAAAGCGUGCUUGCCUCUGGAUCUCUGAUCUCUGUAUGGAUCUACGUAACUUGACCAGAGCCAAGGAUGAUCUCAGGUUUAGGGGUGUCAAAGGCACUACUGGAACACAGGCCAGCUUCCUUGCUCUGUUUGAAGGCAACGGGGAAAAGGUAGACAUGCUGGAUUCUUUUGUCACCUCUCAAGCUGGCUUUACAAAAUCCUACAUGGUUACAGGACAGACAUACAGUAGAAAGAUUGAUGUAGACGUUCUUUCAGCCCUGGCCAGUCUAGGAGCAUCCGUGCACAAGAUCUGCACCGACAUCCGCCUUUUAGCAAACCUCAAGGAAGUGGAAGAGCCUUUCGAGAAGGAUCAGAUUGGUUCCAGCGCUAUGGCAUACAAACGAAACCCAAUGAGAAGUGAGAGGUGCUGUUCCCUAGCAAGACAUCUAACCUCUUUGGUGAUGGAUCCUUUACAGACUCUUUCUGUUCAAUGGUUUGAAAGAACCCUUGAUGAUAGCGCAAACAGGAGGAUAUGUAUAGCAGAAGCGUUCUUGACGGCUGACGUCCUACUCAGCACACUCCAGAACAUUUCUGAAGGAAUGGUUGUAUACCUCAAGGUGAUAGAGCGCCACAUACUCCAAGAGCUUCCUUUCAUGGCUACAGAGAACAUCAUCAUGGCUAUGGUGAAGGCUGGAGGCAACAGACAGGAUUGCCAUGAGCAUAUCCGCACAAUGUCACAAGAAGCAGCCGCAGUGGUCAAGCAAGAAGGAGGGGACAAUGACCUUGUAGAUAGAAUCAGACGGUCAUCCUAUUUCUCACCUAUUCACGAUCAACUAGACAAGCUCCUUGACCCUUCCACUUUUGUUGGCAGAGCUCCAGAGCAGGUAACCAAUUUUCUUGAGGCUGAAGUCAAACCAGCUCUAAAGCCAUUUGCCAGCUUUCUAGAUGGAAUAUCUGAACUUUCUUUAUGAAUUUAGACAGUAUCAUGUGUCUAUAAGCUUAUUCAGUUAUGACAAAAUUCAGCAAUAUUUUUGUUUUGGAAGUUGAAAUAAAAAGUGCCGAGCAAGAGACUCUUUUUUUGUAGCAAGGAGACAUAAAGCUGCAACAUUCAACUUCAUUUUUUUUUAAUGCAAAAGAGUAAAGUGGUUUGUCCAGUUAUGUGUCCAAGCUUGUCACAUCUUUAAUGAAAUAUAGAUUAGUUUCUCAGUGCAACUUUGCACAAAUCCCGAGGCCUAAUGCAUAUUCAGUGCAAAUGCAAAAAAUUUCACAGAUUUUUUAAAACGUGGGCUUCAGCGCAGAGGAAUAUCUUUUGUGUUCGGGAGGGAUGCAACAAAAGAUGCCUCUCCCCCCACCUAUGAACAAAGGAUAAUUCUCUGCGAUGCCACCCAUAACCAUGUAUGUUGAAGCCUUGUUCAACCUCCUUCAGAUAUGGUGCUACAAAGCUCAACAAAUUUUCUGUACAAAGACGAUAGGACAUAGGGUUACAAAAAUUUUUGUUUUGCCUUCAGGAUCAACAGCUUUCUGCCACAAAGCUUCAAAAAGUUUCUGUCCAAUCAGAUUUCCAAAUACAGGUUAGCAUAAAAUACCGAACUUAUUUUGUGGACAAACUCAUUUAGCAUAAAAAUGAUGUAUGAGUGUGACCCUUGCCACCAGAAUGGCCUUUUGUUUUUCAAUUUUUACGACCUUAGGCAUGAAAAGCAUGUUUAUAAAUUAGUGAGGUGGUUUAUCUCUCUACUUCUGAACAUCAUAAACAAUUUUUUUCUUUUCUUUGUCUCACUGUAUGUUAACGAGCCUUUAGUGAUCAUGUUUUGUCUUAUAUAAAUGUAAUAUUCCAGUGACAUGAAGUUUGGGCUGAAUAUGAUUAUCAGAGUUGCUAGCAUUGUAGCAAGUACCUGUUUGGCAUUGGCACUGCACACAGUGCUUCGGUCAUUGUGUUACAUUAUUUAAGUGCAUUAUGCUGUGCACUUAUAAUUGUUAUUUUCCCAGAUAUAUUUUCCUUAUGAAAGGAUAUCAAGCAUCAGUUUGCUCUGACUUGUUUUAGUAGUUCAAGAGUAUAAGAAUUAAUUUUCAUUAUUCUUAUUUGGUAUACAUCAUUUCUUACCCAUGCAACAAAGAUGAUUAACAAAAGAUAGUGAAGCAUUGUUACUCUCUUGCUAUUGGAGAAGAGACAAUUUCCUUUGAUUUUAGUGAUAGUAGAUUUCAUACAAUAUUUUCCUUCGUGCUCAACUUAAAUAUCAUUGCAAGCCUUGCUAUUACUGUAGAUUUUCCAGCUUUUGGUCCUCUUAUCCUAUUUUCAAAAGUAAUUGUUAUACAACAGUACUAGUCUUAGGAAUUAAACUACCAUUUGUAUUUGAAAUCACAAUUUUAUUACUAGCGACAUCACUUUUUCAAAGAUAGAUAUGGCCCUUUUUGGGUUCCCCUAUCGGUCAUUCCUAGGUCCACUUUGAACAUCAGUUGCUAAUAUUGAUGUUUAGUGACCACUUGCAUCAUAUUGGAGUAGAGUGGUUUCUUUCACAUGACUCAUAAUUAUUACUGGUUCUAGUUUCAGCUUGUCACCGGCAUCAAUAGCAGGGUGGUGUACUUCUUCCAUCCUGUAAAGUUGAAUGUUUUGUUAAAUUGUAUGUCUGAAAUAAUCCUUAUAGAGAGGAAUAAUCCGUUACGAAUGGAAAAUACAAACUGCUAUCCUGGGGUUCACCUUGAAGCAUGCAUUUGAGAUCAUAUGCUAUUUGUCACUGUUUGAAUCUAAUUAUUUGAUACAGUGUGAAAUUUUGUUGGAACAUCAGGGGCCUGUAUCAUGAAGCUUAGUGAUCGAUCAUACAAUUGAUUUGGUUCACUGCACAUAAAUGUAAUUAAGCAAGAAUAGAUCAGUUCUCGAAUCAAGCAUUCAGCUUUACCAGGGUUCUUUAGUAAGUUUGAGCUCGCACUUAGCCCCUUCAUUGGGCCAGUCAGUCAUAGAUUUAUUGUGCAAGAGCUUGAUAUACAGUAACAUUAACGAUAAUAAUAAAAGAUGUUUUAUAGCACCAUUUACCUAGAAAUAAUCUUUUCAGAGGCGCAAAUUAUUAUCACCUUGGCUUUAGCUCGAGCUGCCUUCCAGCGUUACGCGCAUUCAAGGAAUUAUUCUUGCCGGGUACCCAUUCGCUUCACCUGGGUUUAGUGCAACGCAAUGAGGCUAAAUUUCUUGCUGAAGGAAAACACUCCGUGGCUGGGAUUCAAAUCAUGACAUGCCAUAGUUAACAAAAUGUGUUUGUAUGGUCCUGCAGCUCCUUGAACAUUCCAGGAAUGCUAAUUGUAUCAUCGCUCAUCAGCCAAUUUGGAUGAAUAUUCCCCCAAAAAGUUACAAGUAAUGGCUGAGAUGUUUCCGAAAGACUUCCUGACAAGUUACAAAGAUGUGUGUCUCUGAUCCAAGCACAAGAAUUUAUUUUGUCCUGGUUGAAUGGAGGUUAUUGAUGCAGUGGAAUUACACAUUAUAGUGAAAUUCAAGCAAAUGAUUUCUACUGGAUAUGCAAAAAAAAAACCCAGGAGACUCUGGUUAUGUAUAAUUUAGUCCAAUUUAGUGUCACUUUAGAGCUCUGUAACACGGCUGCCAUAACUGGGAAGCUUCCAACAUAGAAUAAAGGCACUUUCAUUGGGUUAUGUCAUUGGCAAGGUGUGUUGCUAUGUCACUGCCUCAAUUAUCUUCUGUUAGGCAUACUUGAACCCCCUUUAAGAAAUUCCAUUUACAACAUUACCAAAACAAGUGAGAACUGCAAAUCUUUUGAAUGAUCAAUACUUUACGACGGUGUGUGUACACAUUUCGUUGUCUUAAUAUCCUGAGAAUGCUGAGUAUUGAUAUUGAAUGUAUAACGAGGUACUUUGGAACAUAUGAAUAAAUACAUAUAUGUAAAAACUA